CACUUCUCAGUUCUCAUACCCAUCCCUUCCUUACUCGUGUUUUCUCUCGAAAGCUGCAGAGUUUCUUCGAAGAACAAUGGAGGGAAAUAGUGAUGCUAUUCUAUUUAACAACCAUUUCCCCCAACCUUCGGUCAUAUUCUUCUCAAACUGGUGCACAGUUCCAUGUACAUGUGAAUACACAUUAACUUCAAAACGUUAGGUGCUUCCGUCGCAACCAAAUUCGGUGUUUUCUUGAUCUUUUUCCAGUUUGACCAUGAACCUCUCGAUUUUGGAGUCUCAUCUCCUUCACUGCCAGAAUUUCAAGUACUUCUCGCAGAUUCUAUCACAGAUGGUGUCCACUGGGUUCAUUAAAGACACUUAUGCCGCUAGCAGAAUUCUCAAGUUUUCAGCUGAUUCUCCCUUCAUCGGCAUCAAAUACACUGAAAUGAUAUUUGGUCACAUUGAAAAUCCGAAUUGUUUUUCGAUAAACACCAUGAUGAGAGUUUAUGUGCAUCAUUACUUGCCCCAAAAUUCAUUGUUUUUGUAUAAAUCAACAUUGAGAGAUAACUUGUACGUGGAUAAUUAUACGUACCCAAUUCUUUUUCAAGCUAGCAUUCUCCGGUGUUCAAUAUUUGAAGGUAGAGAGUUACACAGUCAUGUCUUCCAAAGGGGUUUCAGAUCAGAUGUCUAUGUUCAUAAUACUUUGAUUAACAUGUACGCUGUGUGUGGACAUAUUGGUGAUGCCAGGAAGGUAUUUGAUGAAAGUCUUGUGUGUGAUUCGGUUUCUUGGAAUUCAAUCUUGGCAGGGUAUGUUCAAGUGGGGAAUGUUGAGGAAGCAAUGCUAAUCUAUGAUCACAUGCCGGAGAAGAAUGUAAUCGCAUCGAACUCUAUGAUCGUGUUGUUAGGUAGGUGUGGCAUGGUGGUUGAGGCUUGUCGUUUGUUUAAUGAAAUGGUUGGCAACGAUUUGGUUUCCUGGACCGCAUUGAUUUCUUGCCAUGAGCAAAAUGGGUUUUAUAGAGAGGCUUGGGAUUGGUUCGUGCGCAUGACUUCCAUUGGGAUUACUAUAGAUGAAGUUGUGGCGGUCAGUGUGCUCUCAGCUUGCGCACAUUUAUUGAUUCUAGAGACCGGAAAAUCAGUACAUGGGAUGGUCACAAAGGUUGGUUUUGAAUCUUAUGUUAAUCUCCAAAAUGCUUUAAUUCAUAUGUACUCUUGUUGCAGUGACGUAAAUUCGGCACAAAACGUGUUUGAUACAAGUAUUCAUUUGAACCAAAUCUCUUGGAACUCAAUAAUUGCUUGUUAUGUGAAGUGUGGAUCAGUAGAAAAAGCCAAGGAGAUAUUUGAUUCUAUGCCUGAGAAAGAUCGUGUCUCGUGGACCACAAUCAUUUCUGGCUAUGCUCAACAUGAUCAGUUUAUAGAGACUUUAGCUUUAUUUCAGGAAAUGCUACAUGGACAGAUUGAGCCUGAUGAGAUAACUUUAGUUAGCGUGGUUUCAGCUUGUGCCCACCUUGCAGCAUUUGAACAAGGCAAAUGGAUUCAUGGGUAUAUAAGGCAAAAAGGCAUUAAGGUUAAUAACAUUCUAGGUACCACUCUUAUUGACAUGUACAUGAAAUGUGGAUGCACAGAGAAUGCAAUGGAGGUUUUCUAUGGAAUGGAAGACGCUGGCGUUUCUUCUUGGAAUGCUCUAAUUCUUGGAUUGGCCAUGAAUGGACAGGUACAAAGAUCUCUUGAAAUAUUUGAAGAGAUGAAGAAAUAUGGAGCAACUCCCAAUGAGGUAACCAUGCUUGCAGUUCUUGGUGUGUGCCGGCAUAUGGGUAUGGUGGAUGAGGGUCGUCAUUAUUUUGGUUCAAUGGUGAAGUUGUACAAUAUUGAACCUAAUUUGAAACACUAUGGGUGUAUGGUUGACUUACUUGGCCGUGCAGGACUGCUUAAAGAAGCUGAAAAGCUUAUUCAGAGCAUGCCUAUGGCUCCUGAUGUUCCCACCUGGGGCGCUUUGCUUGGAGCUUGCAAAAAGCAUGGCGACAGUGAAAUGGGAAAUCGGGUUGGUAGGAAACUUCUUGAGCUUCAGCCCUACCAUGAUGGUUUUCAUGUUAUAUUGUCCAACAUCUAUGCUUCAAAAGGAAACUGGGACAGUGCUCAUGAUGUUAGAGGUGUAAUGUCACAACAUGGCGUGUUCAAAACCCCAGGCUACAGUAUGAUUGAAGCUGAUUGUAUUGUUCAUGAAUCCUUUGCAAGCGACUAGUCUCACACUCGGAUCCAAUAAAAGAUGGAAGUCAUGAUUGGGAUAUUGGAUCUAAGGUGCAUAUAUUAUAUACUCUUGGUAUUGUUAGUAAAUUCGUGGAUGAAUUGAAGUCAACAUGAUGUGCUGAAUUUAAAAUGGUGUUCGACAGUUUGAGUGUUGCGUAGGAUCAAAUUAAAUUCAAAAUGAAAAUUACUUGCUGAUUUCCUUUGCCGAUAAGCAUUGUUGAAUUCAGAUACUUCCACUGAACAGGUGGUGUACUGUGUAUUCUUAUCAAAUGGAGGUAGUCAGGUAGAUACAUUUGUUGAAGACUAUCAAUGAAAGGAGCUUCUUGCUUAAGAGGCCGAUCAUUAGUGAUCAUGUGCUUUGUAAUCGUCCCGUUUUAUAGGAUGAACAACAAAAGGUGCUUCUAUUAGAAUACUAACCGUCACUUAGUAGGGUGUGAAAGCUUUAAUUCCAUGAUAAUGUGUUUCUGUCUGUUUGUCUUAAGUGAAUUUCAAUUGUAUUUAUGCAUUUUCUUUGGAAUGAUAUCUAGGCAUUUUUUUAUUGAUCUAAAUUUAUUUUGAAGUGGA